AUGACUAAUACUACCAGCCGCUCUCUUCACUGUGGAGAACACAUGGAAAUAAGAGUUCUUGUGGCCACUGCAUACUCCAUGUUCUCCAUAUCUGGAACGUUGGCCAAUGUCCUGGUGAUUUAUUUGGUUUGUUCUUUCAAGAAACUCAAAACAACUAGUAAUGCUUUUAUUGUUAAUGGAUGUGUUUCAGAUCUCCUCGUCUGUGCCUUCUGGAUGCCACAAGAAGCCAUAUUAGUUUCUACUGGUCGAGUGGAACAUCCCACCUACAGGGCCUUCAUGGAGGGAGUUUUUUUUCUGUGGAUGACAGUCUCCCUGCUGUCCCAUUCGCUUAUUGCUCUAAACCGUUUUGUGCUGAUCACCAAACUGCCCACUGUCUACCAUACUGUGUAUCAAAAGCGUAACACUGAGUGGAUGAUCGCUAUGGUUUGGGUUCUUCCUCUUGCUUUCCUUCUUCCUUGGCUGUUUGGUCAACGACCGCAUGAAAUUUCUCUGCAUUGUCAACAACUGCGACUUUUUGUGUUUCUGGGACAAGAAAUCCCAAUGGCCAGCUCUUACACGGCAAUUCUUUCUGCAGUGACUAUUCUUAGUCAAACUGCUAUCCUCUUCCAUUGCUACUUUCGAAUUUUCAGGAAAGUGCAAGUCAGCUUGAAGAGGGUUAGCGUUCUCAAUUUCCAGGUGGUCCACAAUCUACCAUGCUCAUGUCCUCGCAAGGACAAACGUUUAGGCCUCUAUGUACUCAUUGUGUGCUGUGUCUUUUCACUAACCACAGAACCUUUUGCAUGGUCCGUCCUCUAUGGUCUAUUCCAACCUCUGCCCCGUGGGCUGGAGACAAGUAGUUGGCUUCUGUUAUGCCUUCUUUUUGUGCUAAAUCCAUUUAUUUACACUUGGAAAAAUGAGGAGUUCAGGAGGUCUUUCCGAGCAGUGGUGGGUGGAGAACUUUGGAAAAGUGCAGCUGUUAGUGUUGAUCCAGUCGUGCAAACCAUUUCUCAAAAUGACCCCUGA